UGAAGUCUGGACGUAUGUCAUAUGCUGGCUCGUAUUGCUUAUAGAAUCGGUUUUCACUCACACGUCUGUUUAUGCGCACGCAUAAAUAACUUUACUAUAACAUACGGUAGCCCGCGAAGUGCAACCCAGAGAGGCUAAGUUGUUUCAACCGGUCACUUCCGGCGAUUAAACGGCACGCUGUGAUGUAGUACAGAGGUGAAGUACAGACUACUUCAUAGUUUGUUAUACUUAAAAUGUAACGCAUUUCAUAAGAAGAAUGUGUCGCGUAACAUAUAUUUGAUGUUGGCUGACGUAAAGUGUACGCGGGAGGUAGUUAGUCUGCCCUUGAUGGGGUAUUUCACUGACUUGGCCCCAAACAUGGCGAUGGAGAACAAGACAGUGGCGGCUAACCAGUCAGCUUUAGAAACUCUCCAACUUUUUGGUGCCACGAGUUCAAGUAUACCCUGGACUUUGGAGUACAUUACACUGGCCGUGUAUUUAACGCUGUUCUCAGUUAUCGGCACAUUGGGAAACAUUCCAAUUCUUAUUGUGUACUUCCAUCGGAAUGACCACACCACGGCUAACACCUUUAUAAAGGUACUGGCUAUCAUUGACCUUCUCGUCUGCUCAUUUAUCAUGCCCUAUACCAUGGUUUACGAGCUACACAUGGUAAGGAAUGACGUUGUCUGUCGAACUUUCGAGUUUUUACGUCAUUUUGUGAUCGUUGCGUCCAACCUAACUCUCGUAGCUAUAGCAGUUGAGCGAUACAUUGCAGUAUGUCGGCUCACCCUUCGCAUGUCGGUGCAAAACGUCAACAGAGGAAUGAUAUUCAUUGCGUUUUGCAGCAUGUUAUUUGGAGCGCCGUCUGUAGGAAUAUUCGCUGUUGUGUCCGACGCGGAACUAACUAACGUCAGUUGUGCCUACGACCAUAGCGUCACACAUAGUAAAUUCUGUCAUUUUACGUACGCCAUUUUGGGUGAGACACUUGUGACAUUAUACCAAGGUGGACUUAUGGUCAUCUUUUUGCUCACAUUCUUAUUUAUUGUUGUUCUCUAUCUCAUUGUGUAUACGGUUCUCUGGAAAAAAACUAAACUCCGAAAACGGAUGACUGGAAUACCCAAAGAGUUUUCGUUGACUUCAGAAGCCAGUCAGUCAUACAGUGAACCGCAUAAGAAUAAGAUUGAUUGGGAAUAUUCUAAAGUUCACAUUCAUGCUGAUGAAACAGCAGUAGUAACGAAUGCAUCUUCACAGGGACCGGAAGUGACUGCCGACGUUGUGACAUCAGUGCAGAAAACAAAACUAAACGUUGCAGGAAACACGUACAAAUUCCACGAUGUGUUCAAACGAAUACGCCCAAGUAGCAAAGUAGAUUCCGGGGACAAAAUCCGGAGACGGAAUCACAGAAAAACUGCAAAAAUGUUGUUUCUAUGUACAGUGAUAUAUCUUAUAACAUGGUUACCGUUUUGGCUGGAUAUUUUCGGAAUUACUAAAAACAUGGUAUUAAGAUAUUUGUUUUUCAUUGGAAAUGCAACAAACCCUAUAGUGUAUGGUAUUGUAAACUGUCAAGUACGAAAAUCAUUGAAAAAGUUGUGUGGUGAGUUUGUACAAAAAUGUACUAUAGGCCGAACGCCAAAAGGUAGCCAAAAAUAGACUCUCUCGGAUAUUCCAACAAUGUGUGCUUAAUUUAACUAAAUAUAAACUUCCUUGGGAUACAACAUUUCUGCGUGCUGAACAGAGAGACCAUUAAAAAUAACCCUUCUGGAUAUAUAUGCUACACCUACGUGCUUAAUGGACGCAUGUCGAUACAUAGGUGAUGUACUACUAUGAUUCUGCUUAAAUGUUGACGUCUUAAUUGUUAUUUCUAUUCUAUUUUCGUAUCAUUGACACGCAGGUUUCAUGUACUUUAAAAAUGUUCAAAUCAGAAUCGAAAAUAAGUUUUGGUAAGUAAUGCUUAUCUGUUGUUAUUUUAAGUGUCUUACUGUUGUGAUUCCGAAUGUAACUCUCUCGGAACGCAUUCAAUCACAUGCUAAACGUCUUUCGGCUUGACUGGUUCCGUAAGGAGCUUUGGAAAAUCGAUGCAACGUUAAAAUAUUUUGUAUAUGUAUCGGUUGUCAUAAUUAUUUUUGCAUAAAAUAUUUUGCU